CGGAAAGGACCGUACCAUAUGCGAGGCGGAGGGGGCGUAGGCGGCUGAGCGCGCGGGAGUUGAAGUGCCGCCGUGCCGGCAAGGCGCAGGGUUCAUCAGUCAUGGCACGAAGGGUCUUGAAACUUACCUCAUUGGUAGCAGCUGCUUCUGGCAUCUGUCUGUAUGGAAACAAGUUCCUGGAUCCCAAUGAUUUUGGAGUUGUUCGUGUGGGCCGAGCCAUUGCCACAACAGCAAUUAUCAGCUACGACUACCUCACCUCUCUUCGGAGUGUUCCAUAUGGAUCAGAGGAGUAUGACAUCCUCAGAUCACAGGUGCACCUGCGCUCUGCUGAGCGCCUCCGUGAGCUGUGCUGCGCUAACCGAGGCACCUUCAUCAAGGUGGGACAGCACCUGGGAGCACUGGACUACCUGCUGCCGGAGGAGUACACACGCACCCUCAAAGUGCUGCACAGCCAAGCUCCACAGAGCACCAGGCAGGAGAUUGAGCAAGUUAUCCGUGAGGAUCUGGGCAAAGAGAUAGAAGAGCUGUUCCUGAGUUUUGAGGACACUCCCUUAGGAGCAGCAUCACUCGCUCAGGUGCACAAGGCAGUCCUGCAGGAUGGAAGAACGGUGGCAGUGAAAAUCCAGCACCCGAAGGUCCAAGCCCAGAGCUCCAAGGAUAUUUUGCUUAUGGAGGUUCUCCUCUUGGUUGUGAAGCAGAUCUUUCCAGAUUUUGAGUUCAUGUGGCUGGUGGAAGAAGCUAAGAAGAAUCUGCCCUUGGAGCUGGAUUUCCUCAAUGAAGGCAGAAAUGCUGAGAAGGUUGCUCAUAUGCUCAAGAAGUUUGACUUCCUGAAGGUCCCCAGGAUCUACUGGGAGCUCUCAUCAAGGCGUGUCCUCCUCAUGGAAUUUAUGGAAGGGGGACAAGUGAAUGACAGGGCCUACAUGGAGAGGAAUGGCAUCAAUGUCAAUGAGAUCUCUCGAAACCUGGGGAAACUCUACAGCGAAAUGAUCUUUGUGAAUGGCUUUGUGCACUGUGACCCACACCCAGGCAAUGUGCUAGUGAGGAAGUGCCCAGCCUCCGGCAAGGCCCACAUUAUCCUCCUGGACCAUGGGCUCUACCAGGUGCUGAGCGAGUCAUUCCGCAUGGACUACUGCCGCCUUUGGCAGGCCCUCAUCAAGGCUGACAUGAAGAGGGUGCAGAAGUACAGCCGGCGGCUUGGGGCAGGGGAUUUGUACCCUCUCUUUGCCUGCAUGCUGACUGCCAGGUCCUGGGAGUCUGUCAACAGGGGCAUUGACCGGUCACCAGUCUCAGCCAGAGAGGAUGUGGAGAUCCGUUCCAACGCUGCUGCUUACCUGCCCCAGAUCACCCAGCUCCUCAACAACGUCCCCCGCCAGAUGCUGCUGCUGCUGAAGACCAAUGACUUGUUGAGGGGGAUCGAGGCAGCCCUGCGCACACGGGCCAGUGCCAGCUCCUUCCUCAACAUGUCUCGCUGCUGCAUCAGAGCUGUUUCCACGUACCAGAGGAGCAAGAGUCACUCACUUUACAGGAGGGCCCAGAUCUCACUCACAGAGUCCCUGAGCCUGUGGCAGAUCAACUUCUAUGAACUCCUGCUGUGGCUGAAGGGGUCCCAGCUGGGGAAGCUGGUCAUCGCUGUCCUGAGCCGGAUGCAGCAUUCCACGUACUGACCUGAACCUGUGGGAGAGGUCUGGGUGCUCUCCCUCCCUCCCUCCCUCCGUUCUGCUCACCACAGCACAUUUGCCUUUCUGACUGUGGCUGUCUAUUCUUUGGUGUCUUGUUCCACAUUACAGGCUGCACUGUCCUUGCCUGCUACGGCACUAGCUUUCCCUUUGGCGCUGGAAGGUGGAGUUGGUCCUGGAGCUCUGCCAUUUCACGGUUUAGGAAAAGGAGGUGAGGGAUACCACAUGACAGGACGAGCAGAGUAUUUUCUUUCCCCAUCUGAGCAGGAGAAAUGCCACUAGGAUUCCAGUGGGACAGCACUGGAAGCAAAAACCUCUCCUUAAAGAAUCGUACAAAUUUAAGAGAAUCCCCACCCUGCCUAGAAUGCCUGAAAACAUUUCUCAGACCCUUACAGAGACAUGGAAAGUCCCUUUAAAAUCCAACAGGGUUUGUAUUGGUUUUAGCAGUCUCCUUAGUCUGAUUUCUGUUCAGGUGUUCAGGGCUCUGAAACUGCUGGUAAUAAUGUAUAUGACUGUACUGUGCUGCCACACAGCAAAAUAAAUGUGUUGGCUGAGAGACUUUUGGGAGAUGGAUGCCUGGCUGUGUGCUCAGGAUGAUGUUUGGGCCUCUGACAUCAGUCCCAUUUCCAUUUCUCCACUGAGUGAUGCCAGACAUCUCUGUUAACUCCUUGCAAGCAAAAUGAAAUGGCCUCUUCAUCUUUGCUCUAGAGGUUUGUUCCACAUCUGGGUUCUCUGGUGCUGUGCCAGUGUGUGUUGGGAUGGAAUAGAGGAGAAUAUGUUAAUUUGCUGGGAGAAUGCACCACUCUUUUCCACCCAAAUCCACCCUGAUCCUGCCUCCUCCCUGCCUGUAAGAGCAUGUUGCAGG